UAUGAGGAUGUGUGAAAGGAGUUUAUGAAUUAUCAAAUCCAAAACGCUCGCCAUCACUUACCCGACAUUAGUGUUCAACCGAAAAUCUGUCUAAGAGUUACGAUUUAAGCUCAUGAAACACUUCGUCGUACGCAAAGCCCGGAACCAGCAUAAAGCGUGAUACGUCACAGUGAACCUGUCGGGAAGAACGUGCGGGACAGGUUUGGCAUGCGAAUGCGCGUGCGCAUAUGUGCCUUCGUCCAUGAAGAUGCGAGUGAGAGAUGGCGACCUCUUCACGCUUGCGCCCGUUCUAUUUGCGUUCGCCUUCGUCACGCGGUACGCCUUCAGUCAGUCGCAAAGAUCAGCCGGCCGCCCAGCGCGUCUGUGCCGCCGCACUAAAAUCCCGAACGCUCGCGCCGCGGGCGGCCAGCGCGAGCGAUGGCUGCCCAGCCGCCGCGUCCACCUCCUAACAACCUGCUGUUCAGCGGGCCCCCGCCCUCCCUGCCGCGAGUAGUUCUGAUACCCAGUGACCCCGCUGUGCCCCGAACUACUUGCGACGUUGCAUUGCAUGCUGUCCUUGACCAAAGCAACUAUGCGGAUGACUUGGACGAAAUAAACAACGUGGGUGUGCCUACAUAUGAUGAACUGUUCGGUGACCAAGAGGACAAGCACGUUAUCGAGAAAGAUCCUGUAGAUGAGCAGUAUCAUACGUAUAAUUUUAUACGGCGAACGCGUAGUUUUGAUAUUUCGGAUAUUUAUGUAUCUACAUAUGAAGGCGAUUUAGACGAUAGCGUAUUUAGACACCGACGAUCUGAACCAGAUUUAUCAAAGUAUGGUAUGUUUGUUGAAGCAGAAAUAACUUUGCAACCUUCACAGCUGCAUUCCCUUGUGUUAAAUAAUCCUUUUUACGAUGGUGCAUAUGCAAUGACUCCCAACGAUGUAAAUGAGAAUGUUGUUGUGUUACCAGAAAAUUAUUUAGCCUUUGAAGAUUCAUUCGUGCCUACAUGGGAAUAUAAGCCAGAAUUUAUUGUUAAUCCAGAAUUGAAUCCAGGGCUUUACUAUGAUGGACUUCCGCUAAUACCUCCUAAUGAUCCAUGGUCUGCAUAUGGAAACCAAAACAGUUCGUUCCAGUAUUACACGCCUCAGUUCGAAAUACCAUCCGAAGAGGCUGGUGUUCAAUACAUGCGAUUAAGCGAUUUAGAGUGUGCUAAUAUACCUCAAUAUAUGAGUCUUCCAGUGAUUGAGCAAGCUACACAAAUUGAAUCACGUCCUGAUGAAAUUGAAAACAUUGAAGGGGCAAAUAAUACCAAGCACGAUAAUGUUGAUAAUCCAAGGGAAAAUAAUGAAAAUAAUACAACAAGUCCACAAGACGCAACAUCAGCUGUAUGUGUGUCAUCUGAAACCAUAAUAAAUAAUUCUUUAAAUGAAGAAGAUAAGCUUAGCGGUGUUGAUUCGAAUAUAAACAGGGAAUCUUCUCGUAGUGAAGAUCUUGAAUCUAUCAAUGCGGACAUAUCAAACGAUGUAACCUCUAGUUUAGCAUACAUACCCAGUAGCAAAAGUUCACAAGGGCAGUGUGGAAGUGACGAUACAAGUGAUGACACUUCUCCGUGUUCAACUGAUUAUCAUGAAGCUUCUGCUCUUGAUUUAGCUCAAAGUUUAGAUGAACUCUCUUGCUGUGAUAGCACUGACUUCUCCCAAAGCAGAGAUGAAACGUCUCCGCUCAAUGAAGACAUACUGGACGAUGAUAAAACAGUGUCUAGUGUAGUUAAAAAUGAAUGUAAUGGACCAGUAUUAACAUCAGUUCAUCCUGUGGCUAGUCUACCUCUCAAUCAAUUAUGCUCCAUUCCAUCACAAAAACAAUUGCCACAAAAACUCCCACCAGUGCCGAAUAAUGUUAAAAAUAAUGAAAAAACUUCACAUAGUGCGUCAGAUUCUCAGUGUACUGUGGUCGCAUGUGAACCUGUAGUUUCAAAAAGUGCUAAAACAAUACCAAGUGUAGUAAACGUUAGCAAAACCGUGACGCCUGUGACUCUAAAGUCAACACCUGUAAACAGUGUAGAUAUUGCAAAUGCGCAGCUAAUAAAGCAGCACCCUCACCCACCGGCAGUGCCUUCUGCCUGGUUAACCAAAACAUCCAACCACCAAAACGUUGAUCAAAAAUCAACCAAUGCAGUACAAGGAGUGCCACAAAUUCUAGUCCAAAAUUCGGAAGGAGAAAUAAAACAGCAAAAUCACAGUGCAACAUCUUCUGCAAAUCGAAUUAUAGUCAACCAACCAACCUCUGCUCAGCCUUCGUGUUCGUAUGCACCACAUUUGCCGCCACAGCCUUCGCAACUAAAACCCGACAGUCAACCCACAGAAGUAGAGAGCUCCCGGGCACGCUCCUCCGUCAAGGACGACAAGGAUGGACAUCUGGUCUACUGGCCCGGAUAUGUCAUGGGAGCGAGAUACAAAAUCAUCGAGACUCUCGGUGAAGGCACCUUCGGCAAGGUGGUCGAGGUGAAGGAUUUAGAAAUACGAGUGCACUCACCGAACGCGUUGGGCCAAUGUGUACUAGAGCCUUCACUGUCACAUCAAUCGUCACCUGUUCCACAACCCGCAUCUACCUCAGAAACCUUCUCAUUCAAACGGGAGCACAGGAUGGCUCUGAAGAUAAUUAAAAACGUUGAGAAGUACAGAGAGGCUGCAAAAUUAGAAAUUAAUGUUUUAGAAAAGUUAGCUGACAUUGACCCUGAUUGUAAAAAUUUAUGUGUUAAGAUGUUAGACUGGUUCGAGUACCACGGGCACAUGUGUAUUGCAUUUGAGAUGCUUGGACAAAGUGUAUUUGACUUCCUGGUGAGUAACAAAGACAACAACUACCAACCUUACCCGCUGGAGCAAGUGCGGCACAUCGCGUACCAGCUCGUGUACAGCGUGCUGUUCCUGCACGACAACAAACUCACGCACACCGACCUCAAGCCCGAGAACAUUCUGUUUGUGGACAGCGACUACGAGGUCGUCAGUGUAUAUAAUAGUUUUAAGAAGAAGCAUGAAAUGCGGCGCGUUAAACGCAGUGACGUUCGUCUCAUCGACUUCGGCAGCGCGACCUUCGACCACGAGCACCACAGCACAAUCGUCUCCACGAGGCAUUACAGAGCGCCUGAGGUUAUAUUAGAGUUGGGAUGGUCGCAGCCGUGCGACGUAUGGUCCAUCGGUUGCAUCAUGUUCGAGCUGCAGCAGGGCAACACGCUGUUCCAAACGCACGACAACCGCGAGCACCUCGCCAUGAUGGAGCGCAUCUUGGGGCCCAUACCCUGCAGAAUGGCAAGAAAAACAAGAACAAAGUAUUUCUAUCAUAGCAAAUUAGACUGGGACGAGAAAUCGUCAGCUGGCCGAUACGUCAGAGAAAAUUGUAAACCAUUAUCGAGGUACCUGCAAGGCAACAGCGAAGAACACCGGCAGCUGUUCGACCUGAUAGCGCGCAUGCUGGAGUACGACCCCACGCAGCGCAUCACGCUGCGCGACGCGCUGAAGCACCCCUUCUUCACCAAGCUGCCCGCGCACCAGAGGCUAGGAUUCCAGUAUACAAGGCCGUCGUUCCUUAGGCAGUGACCGCACGCGCUGCAACGGUGAGAGUUCCGGCUCGCGGGAGCGCUCGCACUCGCUGAGUAGGUGAGGCGCCGCGCCCGCCCGCUCCGCUCCGCUCCCGCCCGGCCUGGACCGGCCCGGACCGUGACCGGCCCGGACCGCGACCGCGACUGGCUCCACUAUACAUACAUGUACAUUUGUUAUGAAGUGAUAAGUGAUAAUAUGAUUUGAACUGCGUAAUAUAGAUUUAUUUUGUUGUGAAUCGGUACUUCUCAAUUUGUAUUUAUAAAAUAAACUUAAUUAAUUACUUGAAUAAAGACUGUUGGUCUGUGAAAAAA